CACAGUCUGCAUCUGGAGUCUGAGAAACCAACAGGGCACCGGGAAUUGAACCAGCGCCCUACUACAGAGAAGUCUGGUCCAAGGAGAAGAGGCAGAGGAGCAGAGGAGGAAGAGGAGACAGAGAGGAAGAUGGCGGAGUACGUGGUGGCCCGGGACAUCUACUCUGAGGAUAAAUUUAAUGAAGAAUAUGAGAGAAUCGACAGACCCCACAAAACCAUCCUCAACCAUGUCAAGGAGUAUUUCAGCUGCAGCCGUAAGCGCGUCUGCUCGGCUCUUCUCUCUCUGUUCCCGAUCGUUGGGUGGGUGAAGAUCUACAGCGUGAAGGAAUGGCUGCUCAGUGACAUCGUGUCUGGAGUCAGCACCGGCCUCGUCGCUGUUCUACAAGCUCUGGCGUACGCUCUGCUGGCCUCUCUUCCUCCUCGCUACGGACUUUUCGCCACCUUCUUCCCCCUCAUCAUUUACUUCUUCCUGGGAACCUCUCGGCACGUCUCCGUUGGUCCAUUCCCGGUCUUGAGUCUGAUGGUCGGGGCUGUGGUGAACAGGUUAGUCCCAGACAACGGUCCUCCCAUGAACAUCACCGCGUUUGAGGGUCUGACCCGGGAACAGCAGAGGGUCCUGGUGGCCUCCUCCGUCACCUUCCUCUCAGGGAUCAUGCAGUUGGCGAUGGGAGUUUUCCAGGUGGGCUUCGUGGUCAUGUAUCUGUCUGAACCUCUGGUCUCUGGCUUCACGACGGCGGCGGCGCUUCACAUCCUGGUCUCUCAGCUGAAGUUCGUGUUGGGGUUACCGGUCCCAGGCCUCAACGGACCUCUGUCUAUCUUCAAAACUCUGGAGAUCAUAUUCCAAAAACUGGGCUCGACAAACGCGUGUGACGUGGUCAUCUCUGCGAUCAUCAUGGGCGUGGUGUACGUCGUGAAAGAGCUGAACGAACGCUACAAAGCCAAACUGCCCGUGGCCAUCCCCAUAGAAGUCAUCAUGACGGUGAUCGCUUGUGGAGUUUCUUACGCGUGCGACUUGAAGACCACAUACGGCAUCGGGGUUGUGGGUGCGAUGCCCAAGGGGUUUGAGGCUCCGGAAGCUCCAGACCCGCAGCUCUUCCAGGAGACGGCGGUGGAGGCGUUUCCUUUGGCGAUCGUGGGAUUCGCCGUGGCCUAUUCUGUGGCCAAAUAUUACGCCGUGAAACACGACUACACCAUAGACGGAAACCAGGAGCUGAACGCGUUCGGGGUCUGUAACAUCAUCGGAGCUUUGUUCAAAUGUUUCGCGGGGAGCACGGUUCUGUCCAGGAGCGCCAUCCAGGAGAGCACCGGAGGAAAGACGCAGGUCGCAGGUUUAGUGUCGGCCAUUAUCGUGUUGGUCUUCACUUUGGCCAUAGGAUUUUUACUGGAGCCUCUGCCAAAGUCUGUGUUGGGGUCCGUGGUGAUCGUGAAUCUUAAAGGGAUGCUGAUGCAGUUCAGAGACGUGCCGUAUCUGUGGAGACGAGACAAACCAGACUGUGUGGUGUGGGUGGGGACCUGCGCGGCGUCCAUCGUGCUCGGUCUGGAUCUGGGUUUAGCGGUUGGUGUGGCGAUAGAACUCAUCGGUGUGGUUCUCCGUACGCAGUUCCCUCGCUGCUCUGUGCUCGCCAACAUUAAAGGCACCGACAUCUACAAAGACAAGAAGGACUACCUCGAUACUUUUGAGCCUGAGGGAAUGAAGAUCUUCAGGAUUCCAGCACCUUUAUUCUUCGCCAACAUCGACUUCUUCAGAAAGAAACUGGAGGAAGCUCUCGGGUUUAAACCUCUGCGAGUUCUGAGGAAGAGGAACAAAGCUCUGAAAGUGAUUAAGAAGAUGCUGAAGAAAGGAGAGCUGACGUGUACACCUAAGGGUUACCUGAACAUGUGUCCUGAGCCGUACACAGAGGUGGACGGCGAGGACAGUGUGGAGGAGCUGGACCUGCCCACAGACCUGAAGGACCUGCCCAUUCAGGUGGACUGGAGAGGGGAGCUGCCCGUCAACGUGAACGUGCCCCCGGUGGAUCUGCACAGCCUGGUCCUGGACUUCGCCGCCGUGUCCUUCCUCGACGUCUCCGCCCUGAAGGGACUCAAAACGGCGCUGAAAGAAUUGAUCCGGAUUGAAGUGGAGGUUUAUAUUGUGGCUUGUGAUCCCUACAUCUUAGAAAAACUGCACAGCUGCUCGUUCUUCGACGACGAGGUCACUCCCUCCAUCUUCUUCCUCACGCUUCACGACGCCAUGUUGAACAUCCUGGAGCGUCACCCGGAGUCUGUCGAGUACAAGACAAACCUCAACAAGAUCGUGACCUCGGCGACAGCGCAUCAUCCCAACAGCAGCGUCCGGAGCAGAGACAGAAAUGGGAUGGAGCCUGAAACUCGCUUCUGAUCAAACUACUACAAAACUGUACAUAUAUAUUUUUGUAUUAUAGUAUUGAUUUGUUAUAACGUCUGUAGAUUUUCCAUGCAGAAUGUAAGAAGUUUUUUUUUUAGAUACAGUCACUGGGCGACGUAAAAUGCAAAGAGUUUGGAAACGUCAAAUUCACUGUUACUCAAAUGUUGUGCUGAAGAGGUCGAUGGAAAAUAUGGGACAACGCAGGACUGUGUGUAACAUUAUAUUAAAGUACAUCAGGGAUAUUUAAUUGAACUAAUGUUAGAUGAAGUGAGACAGAAAAUAAUUAUACGGCACGAGAAGUAAACAACUGCAAAAACUGCACGAUUAUGAAACAUCAUAUUUAAAAAAUACACUGUUGUGAGUUUUUCUUUUUAACUUUUCUGGUACUCAGAAAGUCACAUAUUUUCUUAGGUGAUACUUUGUACAAAACAGCACUUUAUAUUUAACAUAUAUCCCAACUUCAAAUUGUCAGAGGAGAUGGUUCAAAACUCGGACCAACUUUGUACAACAGAGCAAUACGAGAAUUAGACAAUUAAUUAGCAGUAGUAUCCAAAUCUAAUAGUAGCUCAAAUUCUUGUUCAGAAAGUUUCUCAAAUAUAUUCACCAAAUAUAACAUUAACAAAAAUAGUUUAGUCAGUUAAAUUAACACUGGUAAGAAGUGUAGUAGUAGUAGUAGUAGAUGUACAACAGGGGUGUUCACACUUUUUCAGCCUGCGAGCUACUUAUAAAAUGACCAAGUCAUAAAGAUCUACCUAAUACAAAGUCCAAACAAACUGCACUGAAACACUCUGUGCCCCUUUUUUGGACCC